UAACUUCUCUGCCGGAUCCGUACACUAGAGGGCGCGGUUCCCCCGCAGCGCCAGUCGACGUCAGGAAGCAGCUGAUGGUGCUGUCAUCUGGUUUACGGCAAGUCUGAAAAUGCGAACCGUGAUGCUGGAUUUGCUGUUCUUGGUAAUAGUAUAGUUUGCUUGUGUAGGCAGUCAUACCGCGAUAUACCCAGGCAAUCAAUACAAAUGUUUUGUGGGAGACCAUAAAAAUUCUUGAUACGUAAAACACACUGGGUUUACUGCACGGUUGCUUAUACGUGUUACAGGAAAAGAGUGGAAGUGACAUAUCUGGCUGAACUGUGUGUAUAUAUAUACACACACAACUGUGAUCUUAUCGCUGGUAGUGCACACCGUCCUGAUCGCGAGUCGUCCGGUCGGGUUCAUGCCGCAUGGCUUCCGGCUUCGCUCCCCCGAAACUGGCCGACUUCAUUCUUACCGAGAAGCUGGGCAGUGGCACGUAUGCCACGGUAUACAAAGCAUACAGGAAGGGGGACAAUCGAGAAGCAGUGGCUGUGAAAGUCGUAAGCAAGAAGAGUCUGAAUAAGACCUCCAUGGAGAACCUGCUCACGGAAAUCGAAAUCCUCAAGACUGUGCGACACCCUCACAUCGUGCAGCUGAAGGACUUCCAGUGGGACUCGGAGAACAUCUACCUGAUCCUGGAGUGGUGCUCCGGAGGAGACCUGUCCCGCUUCAUCCGCAGCCGCCGUCUGCUCCCAGAGAGGGUAGCACGUCGCUUCCUGCAGCAGAUAGCAUGCGCCCUGCAGUUCCUGCAUGAGCGGAACAUCUCCCACCUGGACCUCAAACCUCAGAACAUUCUUCUCAGCGGCUCCGUGCUGAAGUUGGCAGACUUUGGCUUUGCACAGUACAUGUCUCCCUGGGACGAGCAGAGCGCCCUCCGCGGAUCGCCACUCUACAUGGCUCCGGAGAUCGUGUGUCGACGGCAGUACGAUGCCCGGGUGGACCUCUGGUCCGUGGGCGUCAUCCUGUACGAGGCUCUUUUCGGACGUCCACCAUUCGCCUCUCGCUCAUAUGUGGAGCUGGAGGAGAAGAUCCGUAGCGACCGUGCCAUUGAGUUGCCCGCCGGGGCCAGGGUGUCCCGACCCUGCCGGGACCUGCUGCAGCGGCUGCUGGAGCGCAACCCCGAUGCUCGCAUCUCCUUCUCGCAGUUCUUCUCGCACCCCUUUGUGGACAUGGAGCACAUGCCCAGCGCAGAGAGCCUGGACAGAGCGAAGGCGCUUGUGCUGCAGGCUGUGGAAAAAGACGAGGAUGGGGCCUGGCCGGCGGCCUUGUCCCUCUACUGCAGCGCCCUGGAGCACUUCGUACCCGCCAUUCACUAUGAGAUGGACAGACAGCGCAAAGAAGCCUUGCGACAGAAGGUUCACCAGUACGUGUCGCGGGCAGAAGAGCUGAAGGCUUUGGUGGCCUCGGACAACAGGACGAGCUUCGAGGAGGCGCGGUCUGCCAGGGACAUCCUGCGCGAGAUGUCCCGGGACCAACCUCGUGUGCUCGGUGCCCUGGAGGUGGCAGCCGCUGCAGUGGCCAAGGAGGAGAGUGGGAUGGAGGACUGGGACACGCUGGACCUGUACCAGCAGAGCCUGGGCGAACUCCUACUGGCGCUGGCAGGGGAGGCCCAGGGUCGGAGAAAGGAGCUUCUCCACGCUGAGAUCAAGCGUCUGAUGACCAGAGCGGAAUGCCUCAAAGAGCAUCUGAAGAUGCGAGAUGCGCAGACAGACGUGUCCCUAGACAAGGAGGGUCUGGCGGAAUCGGUGCGGAAUUCAUGCUGCCUGCAGUGACCACCAUGCUCCAGGGAUCUCAGACGACGUGGUGAACCAGCAGCUGUCCAUACAGCCCCCCACCCCCCCAGGGUCCCCUCACACACCAAGCAGAAACAUUUACUUUCGCGUUCAACUCUGAACACUUCUGUAGCACGAGGUUUGCUACUUUUCAGCUCUUUCUGGCCUCGACUACUUGCAUUAUGUCUAUCAUAUCAAGAUUGCAUGCACACUGACGCAUAAAAGAUCGGCGGAAACUCGCACAUGAACAUCAAAUUGAUUUUGCCUGCACCUGUGGGACAUUCAUCCACACCGUUAUUGAAUCUCUGCACACCGUCGUGUGUGCAUGCUUACCUCCUGCACAAAGCCAUGCAGUGCAACCGUGCAGCACAGCCGCGCAGGUGAAUCUAGACACCUCGUUCCCCUUUUGCAUUUAUUACUUUAGUCAGGCACAGGUGGCCACAUGACUUGACCGAGUUCGUCAGUGACCCAGUAUCCACAGGUCCAAACCCAACAACCCACCCUGGCCCAGCGGAUGAGGAGCGUGCUUCUCCCGAGUUGCGUAAACGAGCCGGUACUGCAGCGUGUCGUCUUACCCAUGUUGCGACUCCAUUAAAUGGAAACAUGUUUCACUUGUAAAUCUCAGUAUGGGAAUCAGAAUUCCACAUGAAAGCCUUAAUGGAGCUGUAUGUGUUCCCUUCAUUUUUUGUGUUGGAUGAUUUUUAUAAUUAUAUUUGAAUUAAUUUAUUAAAUCUCUAUUGCAAUG